UAGCAUCCCAGUUUGUAACGCAACAAAAAGCGUUUAGUGAUUUUCAAAACGCCACGUCGCUGCGCGUGCGUGACAGUUGUACAAAAUGGACUACUUCCGGAAAUAUCUGGCACCACAACAAGGAGGUGAACAACCGUCUGGUGCUGAUACGGUAGAAAGGUUAGUUGACAGAGCCUCAUCAUCAACCUUGCUCGAUGACAGACGGGAUGCAGUGCGUGCAAUCAAAGCAUUGUCACGGAAAUUCCGGCUGGAGGUUGGAACCUUGGCCAUGGACACCUUGCUUAAAGUGCUGGAGAUGGACAGCUCAGACUCUGAGAUCACUGGCUAUGCCUUGGAUGCACUGUGCAAUGUUAUGUCCAAUGAGCCUACGGAUGAGGAUGAAGAAAUUCCACAGCCUGGUGGAGAUGACCUAGGGGCUCAGUUCACAGAAAUCUUCAUCAAGAAGACUGACAAUGUUGGUCUGCUGCUUUCGCUACUGGAGGAGUACGACUUCCAUGUGCGCUGGCCAACAGUGAAGCUGCUGACCACUCUGCUUACAAACAAGGUGAAGGAGCUCCAGGAGUGCAUUCUGGUCUUCCCCAUGGGCGUCUCCAAACUGAUGGACCUUCUCUCAGACAGCAGGGAAAUCAUCAGAAAUGACGCCUUACUGCUCCUGAACCAGCUUACAAGAGGCCAUGCCAACAUACAGAAGAUUGUUGCCUUUGAGAAUGCCUUUGAGAGACUUCUUGAUAUCGUACAUGAAGAAGGGGCUUCUGAUGGAGGCAUAGUUGUUGAGGACUGCCUGUUGCUGUUGCUGAACCUUCUCAAGGGCAACUCAUCCAACCAGAACUUUUUCCGCGAGGGCAGCCACGUAAAGUACCUCACCCCGUUCUUUGAGCUCGAUCAGGACCCACAUAGGGCGCAGGUUGGCUGGUCCGCACAGAAGGUCACAAACAUGCAUCUCAUGUUACAGUUGGUGCGAGCCCUUGUCUCUCCCAGCAAUCCACAGCAGCUUACGACAAACUGUCAGAAGAACAUGCACACCUGUGGUCUUUUGCAACAGCUGUGUAAAAUAUUAAUGGCCAGUGGAGUACCAGCUGAUGUUCUUACAGAGACAAUCAAUACAGUGGCUGAGGUGAUACGUGGGAACUUUCAGAAUCAGGAAUACUUUGCCUCUGUCAUGGCUCCAUCAAAUCCUCCUAGGCCAGCCAUAGUUGUGCUGUUGAUGUCAAUGGUAAAUGAAAAGCAGCCGUUCACGUUGCGUUGUGCAGUGCUCUACUGUUUCCAGUCCUUCCUCUACAAGAACGAGGUCGGACAGUCACAGAUUGUGCAGACUUUGCUACCAACUUCAGCCGAUGCCACAACAAUAUCAGCAGGUCAGCUGUUGUGUGGGGGACUGUUCAGUGCAGACUCGUUGUCCAAUUGGUUUGCGGCGGUGGCCCUGCUCAACGCUAUCUCCAACAACCAGACCCAGAAGGAGCAGUUGCUGCGUACACAACUGGCAACCAGCCUUGGAAACCCUCCUGUGUCUCUCCUACAGCAGUGCUGUAACAUACUCACUCAGGGUGGUCGUGUCCAAACCAGGAUCGGUAUCCUGAUGUUGCUGGCAACGUGGAUGGCAGACUGCCACACUGCAGUGGCCCAUUUCCUCUACAAUACAGCCAAUGUGCCUUAUUUAAUAUCACAAGUAUCAUCUAGUGAUGGAGACGAGAGUGAGCUGUGUGUACAGGGCCUGUGUGCCUUCCUCCUUGGUAUCUGUGUUCUCUACAACGAUGACCAGAACCAGACAUUCACCACGGCAUCCAUAAGGCAGAUCAUUGAGAAGCGGAUAGGGCUGGAGGCUUUCACCAACAAGUUGUCCCACGUGACCAAGAGCGAGAACUACACUAGGGCCAUCAAGAAACCUCAUCUGAACUACAAACAACCAUCAGAAGUGUUCUUUGAUCAUGAGUUUUCAAGGCUGUUUAAAGACGUUGAACACGACAUUAUAAAGGCGCUGUCACCCACCAACAACAGUAAGGACAGUAAACAACAGCUAGCCAACUUGAAGGAGCAUGAAAGCAUAGUGGCCCAGUACAAAGACCUCAUUCAAGAACAGGAUGUCGGGCUACGUCAGCUGCAGGGUCAGCUGGAGUCCUUACAGUUGGAGCAUGGGCGUACACAGAGACAGUUGGACGAGUCUACACAGCAGAUACAGCAACUGAGAGACCAGAACGCCCUGCUGAAAGCUACCAAAGGUGCAAAAUCAUCCUCGUCUGAUCUGUGUAGAGAAGAAGAAGUGAAACAAUUAAAUGAGAAAUUACAACACCUUAGUUUGCAGCUGGUAGAAAAAGAUUCACAUAUAGAAAAAAUGAAAACGGACUUGUUGGUACUGGAGGCACGAGUGAAUGCACAAGAUCUUGCUGAUGAAGACAAGGAAAAUAACCCCAGUGAGACGGCAGUGUUACAACAAACUGUGAAUAGACUGAACACGGAAUUACAUGAACUAAGACUUCAUGUUAGCAAUAAAGACACUGAGAUUCACCGGGUCACAUCGGAGUGUAGUUCAUUACAAAGGCAGCUUAAAGAAUUGUCAUUAGCCAGUAACAAUUUAGCAGUAGAUACUGGCAAAGUACAGUCAUUAUCAGAUGAAGUGAAAAAAUUGACAGAUGAUAAAAACAGUCUACAAGAACGACUCAAAAAAGCAAAUGAAGAAAAUCUCAAUUUUGCAGAUAAAAUUCAUAAACUUGAGGAUGCGGUAUCCCGAGAGCAGACAGAAAAGUCGAAAGUUAAUGAUGAGUUGGACACCUUGAAGAAGGAACAGGAAGACCUGCUGGUAUUGUUGGCUGAUCAGGACACAAAGAUUGACACGUACAAGAAGAAACUGCGAGAGCUCGGGCAGGAGGUUGAAGAUGAUGAUGAUGACUUGAAUGACGAGGAUUUAGAAGAUGAAGAUGAGACGUAACAUCUCUCAUUGGAAAUGGACGUGUUUAAGUUAUGCUAUGUGCAAUUUUUGUUAAAAAGAUGAUAUGACGAAAAAAGCAAACCAUUCUUAGUUCAACCUGCAUGUAUAACCAAUUAUUUUCCUUCUAAAGGAGAUUCACAUGUUUCACCUUGUUCCAUGUAUUAUUUAUUUAUUGACACACGUUUCCCAAAAUCUUUAUGGAAUAUGUUAUUAAAUCUCUAUCAUUUAAUUCCAUUUCUUGGAGCUUACACUUUUUGUACUUUCAAGAGCGUUGAUAUGAGGAAAGUUAAAAGCUUUAACAUUAACACAGACCUUUACUCUGUGAGUACUGGUACAUAAUUUAAACCAUUAAUAGUAUCUUACAGUAUGAAGUUUAUAUAUUGUUUCAAGAUUACAAUGAUUCUUAUUGGGACCAUGUUUAAGUGAGCUAAUUAUUUAUUUGUUUGUUCCUUUCGGUCCAUCAUGUUCCAUAAACCCUGCCUCAGUUAUUACAACUUCAGAUUGUUCAGUUGGAAGGGCAAAUGGGCUGUAUAACACUGCUUAUGUAUCUUGUGUAUUGCUGUUAUUUGAACCAUGUUUUCUCAUAAGAGGAGUAAAUGUUAGUCAAGGUAUUGAAUUUUGCUCAUUUAAUUUUUGGUUUGUCCUAAAGUUGAUAUGAAACCAUAAAUACAAAUAGAAUAUUUAAAUGAUUAUAUUUAUAUUUGAGAUGGUGCAUGUAUAUAAGGGAUAGAUUGUAUGAUAAUUUUGUUUAUAUGCGAUGAUCCUUAAAAUAAAACUUUAUUUGUCUUGA